AAAGCUAACAACUCUGUCUAUCGCUGUGCCUGGCCGCUAGCAGGACUUCCCUCCCGUCAAUCCCUUAAUAUCUUUAUUAUCACCGUAAUUAGCGCAUUUGUGCGGUGGUGCUGCUGUUUGCUCUGAUAGUGGAUUGCGCCAGACGAGCACCACACCUAUCAGUCGGCUUUAGUUGUGCAAUAUCCGUGGACGGACGUGCCGCAAGUUAGAUGAUUUGCUAAGGAGGCAAGCGAGCGAGCGAGCGAGUGAGUGUGUGUGGGCCCACCAAACUCCUAAACUAAGGUGACCGGCGGUCACCGAGGAGAAGACAGACCAUGGCCAAGAGUAGAAACUUUGUGUUUGUGCUGGUGUGGUUCGCCCUGCUGAUCAGUGCCGGCAUACAUCUCUUCUCCAAGGGGUUCCUGCUGACCCGGGUCGCCCAGACGAACGUGAGCAGCUGCAUCAACUACGACCAGUAUCGGUGCGAAAGUGAUGGCAAAAAUGGUUCCACCCAGAAGAGUGAAUGUGCCGGUGCGGAGAAGGCGUCCUCGAUACUGCGUGACGUCGACAUUGCGGCCGGCAUUUGCUUUCCACCGAAGGCACGCGUCAUCCUGCUCGUAAUCGACGCGCUGCGGUACGACUUUGGCCUAUACAAUCCGGACAAUCCGCAGCCGGCACCGUACGAAAACAAGCUUCCGAUCAUGACGGAGCUGCUACGAAAGCAUCCGGAUCAUAGCAGGCGGUUGAAGUUCGUGGCCGAUCCACCGACCACCACAAUGCAGCGGCUGAAGGGCAUCACGACCGGCAGUUUGCCCACCUUCAUCGACAUUGGCUCCAACUUUGCGUCGCCCGAAAUCAACGAGGACAAUCUGAUCGAUCAGGUGGUGCGUGCGAAUCGCACCAGUGUGUUCCUGGGGGACAGUACGUGGACGGAGCUGUUCCCGCACCGGUUUACCCGGGAGUACGCGUACCCGAGCUUUAACAUCUACGAUCUCGACACGGUGGACAGUGCGAUCGAGCGGCAGUUGCCGCGGGAGAUGGCCCGCGGGGAUUGGGAUCUGAUUGUGGCUCACUUUCUCGGCGUGGACCAUUGCGGGCAUCGGUACGGGCCGGUGCACGAUGAGAUGGGGAGGAAGUUGGGCGAAAUGAACGACGUCAUUCGGAACAUUACCGAGCAGAUGGCGGACGGUACGACGCUGCUCGUGAUCGGUGACCACGGUAUGACGCAAACCGGUGACCAUGGCGGUGAGACGGAGAAUGAGGUGGAAUCGCUGCUGUUUGCUUACUCCAAGGGAAGUUCACUGCUGCCGCGGGCGUACGAUGGACACGCGGACACGAUGCAACAGAUCGAUCUCGUGCCGACGCUUGCCACCCUGCUGGGCGUACCGGUGCCGUACUCGAACCUCGGGCAGAUCAUGUUCCAGCUGCUGCCCGACAAGCGCGUUGACAGCUUCCUGCGCUACCAGCUCGCACUGGUGCAUCUGUGGCAGAACGCGCGUCAAGUGCAGAACUACUACCAACAGUACGGUGAACCACGCCCGAUCGCCGACACAACCGGCCCGCUCGAACCGGACCAGGAGCAGGAGCUGGACGACGCGGAAAACCUGUUCCUCAUGCUAACGCAGCGCGUUAACAGCGUCUACACGGAGGCCGCCUUCCAGAGCUUCUCGGGCGAUUUGCGUCACUAUUUGCGCGGCAUUCUGGACGGUUACCGGCGCAUCUGGGUCAAGUUCGAUCCGCAACUAAUUUCGCACGGGCUGCUCAUCACAUUUCUCGGUUGUUUCUCGAUGGCGAUCCUAAUUGUGCAUUCAUCCGCACACCAACUGGUGACCAUGUUUACCGAGGGCAACAACAGCUCGUACGCUUUUCUGCUCGUAGUGUUUGCCGCUCAAACCGGGUACGCUUGUCAUGAGCUUUUCGGGCUAAGUUCGGCUCAGCACGGUGUGAUUCUGUUCGGAUCGGUAUCGAGCGUACUGCUGCUAGCCCUGCUUGCCAUACGCCACUGGGCGUCCAUCUCGGAGAACAUGGCGAGUUGGAAACGAUCCUCCAACCUACUGACGCGCGUCUCGUUCGUCUUCACCACGUGCGUUUUCUUCGCAAACAGCUUCAUCGUGCAGGAACAGAAAAUUUUGUCCUACGUGCUGAUGGGCUUCUUCCUGACUGCACUCUACCAACUGCACCGCCUAGGCGGACGGUUCGCCCUCCCUCGAAUGCGCUGGGCGGCGGUGCGUAAAUCAACGCUUGCGAAGCUGGUUGCGCUUACCCUGUUCGCGCUGGUGAUGAUACGCCUGUCCGGCGGGUACUUCCGCUGCCGGGAGGAGCAAGCGAACUGUACGGAUCAUCUCGUGAAAGCCCCCAGCGCAACCUCACCCACGGAAGGGCAACGAAGGCGUGGAACGAGCGCCGACAUCGGGCUACUGCCAUGCGUUGCCCUCGUCCUGUACAUCGUUUGCAGCCGCAUGUACCUGAAAGCGUGCGGCAAUCUGACCGGCACGAGCGUGAACGUGCUGCUGGCCCGGUACGGUCCAACCGUGGCCGUCGUGUGCACCUGUGCCCAUUUUACCGUGUCGAAAUCGGGCGUCCAAAAUGGUGUGCCGCAGCUGCACGUCGACGCGCUGGCUUGGGUCGUGUACGCGCUGUUGCUGGUGCAGGUGGGUGUGCUGGUUGCCUCGCCCCUCCUCCUGUACGUCCUGCCCAAGCGCACCGACGUGCUGAACGUCCUGUACGGCGGUGAGCGAAGCAACCUGGCGCCCGAAAUCUAUCGUCAGCUGAAGGAAAACUUUCGCGGUCGGGCGGGCAACGAUGUCAGCCCGGCGGAUAUACCGAUCGUGUGCGGUCUUGGGACGGUCUAUUCGUCCGUGUUCGUUGCUGCCGGCGCACUGCUCACCAUCACGCUGGCGCUGCUGCUCGGCUCCCACGGCACGAUGGGACUGAUCAUCGUGAACUGCGUGGCCGUUGCGUACGGCAUUAUCGCUUCCAUCCUGCAGUACGAACAGUCGCACACCAGUUUGGCCGGAUGCAUUCAACCCACCUUCCCGACGCUCCUCACCUGGGUCAUACUGCAGCAGUACGGGUUCUUUGCGACCGCUCACCAGCCCACCCUGUCGCAGAUCGACUGGAAUGCGGCGUUCGUGGGACGGACGUACCACUUCGACGGCAGUAACCUCCUGUCCGGUACGCUCGUCCUGCUCAACACGUUCUCCGUGACGUUUCUGCUGUCGGUGCUGUUUCCGCUGCUCGUGUUUGUGCCUUUCUGUGUGUACACCAUGUGGCCAACGUUGGCACAGCGACCGGUCACCAGCGCUCCCAGGACACCGCUGGGAGCGUCGAACGCUUCGACCACGACGCCGCCCGUUCGCGGCGGAAAGGGCGAGACGAGCAAUACGCUGAGGAAAACGACGGCCGACGGUGGCAGUGUCGAGUAUCGGAGCGUUACCGUGCACAAGGCGGAAGAGACGGGCGAAGUGUCGGCGGCCGAUUUUGACAUCACCAAGGGGGAGCUGAAUCUGUACGAGAAUGAGAAGCUGUUCAUCGGCACCGUGUUCAAGACGGCCUGUCAGUUGAUUCUGCUUCAGUCGCUGAGGAUAUUCUGUGCCAUGUUUGCCUGCACGCUGCACUGUCGCCAUCUGAUGGUGUGGAAGAUCUUUGCCCCCCGGUUCAUCUACGAAGGCAUCGCCAGCUACGUCAUGUUUGUUGGGGUGGUGCUGGGCUUCCUGCUGCUGCUACGGGUGCAUCGUUCCGUCAGUGGGCUUAUAACGGCCAUCAACAAGAGCCGAUAGGACCGAGGACAUGUAGGCAGCGAGGGUAAGUUAGGGUAGCGCCUUUUGCAUUUCUUUCCCCUGGAGGUAGGAUCUCCUUUCCAUCAUCCUCCACGACGACCAGCACCACCAUCACCUGCUCUAGUCUUGUGUUCAGUAUCUCAGCCUUCCGUAAUGCUCGUCGCUGUAGUAAGGGAGAACCGGUCCCCGUAAUAUAUGGUAUUGUAUCUCACUGACCAUAACAGGAUUUCUUGAGACACCAUUGUUAGAUAAGGUUUUGUUUUUUUUUUAGUAGAAACUAGUAAUGAAUUUGACCGACAGUUUGCUGUACUGUGUGGAAGGAGGUGAGCAAAGUUUUCACCCCAGCACGUCCGGCACAAUGGAGUUAGUGUUUUUAUGUUUUUUUUUUCGUUGUUAACUUUUGCAUUUGCACAAAUACAGCCUUCGAUUGAUAGAAUUAA